UGGAGAGUCAGAGCUGCUCGUCUGGCGGAUCUGAAACGAACCCUCCCCCCGGUGUCUCCUCUCAUCCUCCCCGCUUCCCUCCGCUCUAACCCCGGGUUUCUUUUCUCCGCGGAGCACUGGAAGCAUCUUUCUUUUCUUCUUCUAGUCUUCUUCUUCUUCUUCUACAACAGUUUGGGAUUACGGUUAUUUCACUCCUCCACUGCCUCCUCUUUCCGCCGCUUCUUCUUUUUUACGCAGCGCUUCUUCUGGAUUUCACCGGAGGAAAGACCACCAGAUAUUUAGCGCGGUGGAUCCGUGGAUGCGCCUUUUGGGCUCGAGCUGGAGAUGGAAAUGCUGACAUUGUUAUUUUAUUCCCUGUGGAUAUUGCAAUGCAACACAGUGAGCGCAGACUCCAUCAUUCACAUUGGGGCGAUCUUCGAGGAGAGCGCGGUGCGGGACGAUGAGGUCUUCCAGCUCGCGGUGUCAGACCUCAGUCUGAGUGACGACGUCCUGCAGAGCGAGAAGAUCACUCACUCCAUCAAACUCAUCGAGCCCAACAACCCGUUCCAGGCGGUGCAGGAAGAUUCUCCCCUGAAAUGUUAAAGUGAUGCCAGGAAACAAUCUCCAGUCCAGAGAUAUGGAGAUGGGGUCAGAUGUCUGGUCAGACGGCAGAGACAGCUUACAGAGAAUAAAGAGGGGAUGGAUGUCCGGUGGGUCUGCGGGGGACGAGUGGCAGGCAGCAGGCUGACACUGAGACUGAGAUUUCUGAUCCUUUCUUUACUCUCCUUUUUUCUGGAGAGGAAGUAAAGGAACCGGAGCUCUGGAUCUAUUUGUUGUUGGAGGUGCAAUAUAUGACUCAGCAGCUUUAAGACGUGAAGACA